AUGCGUUAUGAACUCUCGGAGGCCUAUCUAAGCUUCGCGUUCGACCUUCAAAAUUCCACCGACGACUCCCCCCUCCGCCCACAUUGGCCUUUAACCUCCAGCUCAAAUCCCCCUCCCCCUCCCCCCCCCUCGACUACUUACACACAAAUUCCCAAAAUGGUACCAGAAACCCUCCCCCCAAACCGCACCAUAUCCUCACGACCCAUCUCGCUCGCAACCGCCUCAACACUCCUUUCUACGUACCUCACGCACAGCGAAACGCACCCACACCUGCACCCUGAUGCGCUCAUAACACCGGCAGGCGUCACAUUCAGCGCCAAUGGUGGCCCCAUGGGCGGCGUAAUAAUGCACAAUUUGCGGCGAGUGGCCGCCGGUCUGCGUGGAGAGUACCUGGAGCCCGAGGCUACACCCGAGCCUGAGGAACAGCAGCAUAGUAGUGAGUGGAAAGAGAGAGUGAAGCAGAAGGCCGGGAAGAGGAAAAGUGGGGAGGGUGGGGAGGUGGAUGCGGGCGCGGGGGCUGAACAGGAAGGCUGGGAAGAUAUUUCAGAAUUCGAGAGGGAGGAGCAAGGAGUUGAAGUUGGCGAGAUUGGACCCCAGGAUACGUUUGUGCAGGCUGGAGGUGAGGCGCCAGAAGUGCAUGCUACUGCUGGCCCAGACCUUGCGAAUGGGGCAGAAGUUAGCAAGAAGAGGAAGAACGGUGACGAGGGAGAGAAGAUGGAUAAGGCGGCCAGAAAGAGGGCAAAGAAGGAGAGGAAUAAGGAGAUGCGGCGGGAGAAGGAGAAGAAGAGAGCGAAUAAGGAUAAACUAUCGGAUUUGACAACUAAACACGACAUCACGGCAUCAAGGAAGAGUUCUAGGUCCCAAAACUGGCCGGGGUUUUUUUUUUCUAUGCCCUGGCCUCCAACCCUAUCCACCCAAACCAAGCACCUUUCCGGUACUUUUUGA